AUGAACAACAUCCCCGUCGACGACGGCCUCCGCCGCGCUUUUGACGAUGCAUCGCUUCCGACGGCGGGCCAGGUGCGCGCCAUCCUCGUCCAGAACGACGGCAAGGCGCUCCACCUUGUAAACACCCUCCUGCCCAGCUCGACCGACCGGGAGGACUUCGAACCCGUUCUCGAGAAACUCUUCACGCCCGACCCCAACCGUAGCGGAUAUGCCCUCUUCCGCCUCGACAGCCAGGCCGCCAGCGGAGAGUGGGAGUGGAUCUGCUGCGCAUAUCAGCCAGACGGCGCAAAGAUCAAGGAAAAGAUGCAGUACGCCCUCACCCGCGCCUCGCUCAUGGCCGGCCUCACCGAGCGCCGCUUCCUAGACACCAUCUUUGGCUCUACGCCGCGCGACUUCAACUGGCCCACGAAGCUGCGCAACAGCCGCAAACACGACUACCAGAACCCGCAGCUCAAGACGGCGGGCGUGUCCGCCGCAGAAGCCGCUGGUACCGGCUCCGGCGGAGCCAGGAGGACCUUUGGCGCCCGCUCUGGCCUCGCCAACAUGCUUAGGGCCGCAGGCGAAGGUGAAGCCGCUGGCAGCGGCAACGGCGACGGCAGUGGCGUCGAGGAGAGCCAGCCUGCAGCCGCUCCCGCUGUGCCGCCUGCGGCUGCUCCGGAGCACUCGGCCAGCGUGCCCAGCGCCGCCGUCGCAGAAGACGCUCGUCCGGUCGACGACAAGCCAACGGCGAUGCCCGCGCCGAAACGCUUCAACUCGCACCUGCUCACCAACGCCUUCAAGGACCCUGGGCUCGAGGAAAAGGCGGCCGCCAAGGAGCACGGAGAGGCCCCGGCAGCCCCCGCUGCCGCCUCGGAGGCUGUCUCGCAGGACGAUGAGGCGGCUGUCGCCCCUUCUCCUGCACCGCCGAUGCCGCCUGCGGAUCUCGAUGGCGAGGCAGAGAGGAAUGCAGUCGAAGAGCCCUCGACGCCCUCGAUCGCCGCGGGACAGGCCGACUCGCUCUCGCAGCCCACUGUCCCCUCGGCCAAGCUCGUGUCGGCAUCCGUGGCGGUGCAGGAGGCCGAAGAGAGCCACCAGCCCACAUCCGAGCAGCUCCACCGGCAAGAGGAGCGGGCGGAAGCCAAGAACCCUUCGCAGCCCUCGACGCCGAGCCUCGCGACGCAAGUCGAGGGCCGUCCGGGACAAGGGCCGCUGUCGCAGCCAACGGUGCCUUCAUCGACCUAUCUCGAGUCGCGCGACGACGUCGAGACCGCCAAUGGCAACGGCAGCGCUCCGUCGGCGUCUGCGCCAGCGUCAGCGCCGUCCAAGGGCGAGACGCGGGUUGGCUAUGGCACGGGCCCGGCAAGCGGCCUGACGCAGCGCGAGCAGGACCUAGUCGAGCUGCGAAAGGCGCAGGCUGCGGAUCGAGUCAGUCACGCGACGUCGCGCGUCCCGGGCGGCAGCGGCGGCGGCCACGGCGGGCCCAAGGUGGGCUUCCGCUGGGCCGAGGGCGUCGCCGAGGCGCUGCAGGGGCUCGGGACAACGGCGUCGGGCACGUCCGAGUGGAACCUGGUGGUGCUGUGCAUCGACGUGGCCAACGAGACGGUCGAGCUCGACGAGGCGCCGUCGUUUGUGCUGCCGGCCGACCUGGUCCAACGGUGGAAGGACGAGCCGCGCAUGGCCUUCUACCGCUUCCAGGACGGCAAGGAGGCGGGGGGAUCGGCGAGCGGCGAGAGCAAGGUCGUCAUGCUCUACUACUGCCCCGCCGGCAGCAGCGUCAAGUCGCGCAUGAUGUACUCGUCCAACGUCCUCUCGACGCUCAACCACGUCAAGGGCAUGGCCGGGUUGCGCGUCGUGAAAAAGAUCGAGUCGUCGGACCCGCAAGACCUGACACACACGUCGAUCCUGGCCGAGGUGGAAGAAGUGCUGGCCAAAGAACGACACGUCUUUGGCCUUUCUUCUGGGGACGGGAUCGCAGAAGAAGCCGGCUCGGCGUCGUCGUCGUCGGUUCUGCCAACGGAGGAACUCAAAGGCUCCUUUGCCAGACCUCCCCGACCGGGGAGGCGCUAG